GGCAGUGAGAGCCAGGAGGACGGUGUUGCUGUGUACAGUUCUCUGUGUUGGAAUCAAGUUCUUGUCCUGGUUAAAAUGAAGGGGUGCUUUCUUAUCCUCGCUUUGAUUGGUUACUGCAGUGCGCAGUCACGUUUGGGAUCCUACAACCUUGACAGCUUUAUCAGUGUCUCUGGCUUGUCUUCGGGAGCAUAUAUGGCCAACCAGUUUCACGUGUCUCAUUCCGGGAAGGUGAUUGGAGCAGCCAUGUUUGCUGGAGGCCCAUUUUACUGUGCUUUGGGGAACUCGCUGACGGCCACUGGCACUUGUAUGAAGUAUCCUUCCAGCAUAAGUGUCCUCUCUCUAAAGAGUUUCACUCAGGCUUAUGCCAAUACAGGCCAGAUUGACCCUGUGUCCAGUCUUGCACGUAGUAAGGUCUUCAUCUUCUCUGGCUCCCUGGAUUCAGUUCUAGUCCCAGGGGUGUCAAAGAAGCUAGAAGAGUACUACAAAGCCUACAUUACUAGUACAGGGGCCAUCAAAACUGUCUAUAAUAUACCAGCUGAGCAUGGCAUGCCAACUGAUAGCUAUGGAGGGGCUUGUGGAACCAAAACCCAUGACUAUAUCAACAAUUGUAACUACAAUGGCGCCUAUGAGGCUCUGAACCACAUCUACGGAGGUCUUCAGAGGCCAAGCUCAUCAGCCACCACAACCGGACAGCUGAUACUGUUUGACCAAUCAGAAUAUUUCAAUUUGGCCCUUCCCAUCACAUACGGCAUGGAUACGGCUGGUUAUGUCUAUAUUCCAUCCUCCUGUCAAACCGGUGCAAGGUGCAGGCUCCAUAUUGCAUUUCAUGGCUGUGUCCAAGGAAGAGAGGCUGUUGGGGACAAAUUUGUCCGAAAUGCAGGAUACAAUCAAGUCGCAGAUCUCAAUAACCUGAUAAUUCUGUACCCUCAGGCCAGAUCCAAUGCACUAAAUCCUAAUGGAUGCUGGGACUGGUGGGGUUACACAGGAAUUGCUUAUGCUACCAAGAAUUCCUUCCAAGUGUCCGGCGUGGAGAGAAUGCUGCUCAGGACCAUGGGACAAUACUAAUGUUACUGAUGCCCUGGGGAUCAUCAGAAAUUCAUGGAGUCACUGUUACAUAUUGUACUUGUAAAUAUUGUAAAAAAUAAAGUUUGCUUACAGAUAAUA